UGGCGUAAACAUCGAUACCUCGCUUCGCACAGGCUCGCUUCCUCGUCAUGCUGCGAAAUUGUUCGAAAAUUAAGUGAAAUACAGCGCAUUAAUAGUGAAAAGUAUGUGCAGCCGUUUCAGGGCCCUACUGGCUACCAGCCGCGUGUGAUUGUGGCCGCCGCAGCAGCGUUUUGGCAGCGCCCCAGCCUGGCGAAAAGCCGAAAGAAGGAGAAAAGACAGACAAGACUUGCAUACACCACUACUUGAAUCGUUUCAUUUCGUUCCGUUCGUAUACCGAGUUUGCUGCCCUGUCCCUGUCUUCUCACGCGAGUUCGUUUUUAGUAUAUAUAGCCAGUCUGUGGACGGUCGUGAAUAUCUUCUAUGUCUAACAUAACCUCAAACUCGCCGCUGCAGUCGUCGUCAUCAGCGUCAGCGUUGUUGUUGUUGGUGGUGGUAACCGGGGCUCCAUCAGUGGCCGCCACAAAUCUGGGAAAAUCCGGAAAGUCUGGGAGAUCGGGAGCACAGCCAGCAGCCGAUGAGUAACCAUGAAUGAGAAAAUAAAGUCGCCGCAAACGCAGCAGCAAGGUGGCGCUCCUGCCCCCGCUGCCACGCCCCCAUCGGCUGGAGCGGCUCCCGGUGGCGCCACACCGCCCACCUCUGGUCCGCCUACACCCAACAAUAACAGCAACAAUGGCAGUGAUCCCAGCAUCCAGCAGCAGCAAAACGUUGCCCCACAUCCAUACGGCGCACCACCGCCCCCCGGAUCAGCCCCUGGAGGACCACCAGGACCAGAUCCUGCUGCAGUUAUGCACUAUCACCAUAUGCACCAGCAACAGCAGCAUCCGCCACCGCCCCACAUGCAGCAGCAACAACAGCAGCACCACGGCGGGCCCGCACCACCACCGCCCGGAGGAGCACCUGAGCAUGCGCCCGGCGUCAAGGAGGAGUACGCCCACCUGCCUCCGCCGCAUCCUCAUCCGGCCUACGGUCGCUACCACACCGAUCCCAACAUGGAUCCGUAUCGUUAUGGCCAACCGAUGCCAGGUGGAAAGCCUCCGCAGCAGCAACAGCCUCAUCCGCAACAGCAACAGCCGCCGCAGCAACAGCAACCGGGGCCAGGUGGUUCGCCCAAUCGUCCGCCGCAGCAGCGCUACAUACCCGGACAACCACCACAGGGACCCACGCCCACGUUGAACUCCCUGCUGCAGUCUUCGAAUCCGCCUCCACCGCCGCAGCACCGCUACGCCAACACCUACGAUCCCCAGCAGGCGGCCGCUUCGGCGGCAGCAGCGGCGGCGGCUCAACAACAGCAGGCGGGCGGGCCACCGCCGCCAGGACACGGACCUCCUCCCCCGCAGCACCAGCCAUCGCCGUACGGUGCGCAACAGGGCGGAUGGGCUCCUCCGCCAAGGCCCUACAGUCCGCAGCUGGGACCGUCGCAGCAGUACAGGACUCCACCACCGACAAACACUUCCAGGGGUCAGUCACCCUAUCCGCCAGCUCACGGUCAAAAUUCAGGUUCCUAUCCUAGUUCGCCGCAGCAGCAACAACAGCAACAGCAGCAACAACAGCAGCAGCAACAACAGGCGGGACAACAGCCAGGCGGUCCUGUGCCGGGCGGACCACCGCCGGGCGCCGGUCAACAGCCGCCGCAGCAGAACACACCGCCAACAUCUCAAUAUUCGCCGUACCCGCAACGCUAUCCGACACCGCCGGGUCUGCCGGCGAGCGGACCCAACCAUCGAACUGCCUACUCGACGCACCAGUAUCCCGAACCGAAUCGACCUUGGCCAGGCGGUUCAUCGCCCAGUCCCGGUCCCGGUCACCCAUUGCCGCCCGCCUCACCGCACCAUGUACCGCCAAUGCAGCAGCAGGCCCCGCCACCGCCGCACGUUACCGCCGGCGGACCGCCGCCCAGCAGCAGUCCCGGCCAUGCGCCCAGUCCAUCGCCACAGCCCUCGCAGGCGUCGCCCUCGCCGCACCAGGAGCUAAUUGGACAGAACAGCAACGACAGCUCCAGCGGCGGGGCGCACAGUGGCAUGGGAUCCGGUCCGCCCGGCACCCCCAAUCCCCAGCAGGUGAUGCGUCCCACACCCUCGCCCACCGGCUCCUCCGGCUCGCGUUCCAUGUCCCCAGCAGUGGCCCAAAACCAUCCAAUCUCGCGUCCGGCGAGCAACCAGUCGAGCAGCGGCGGACCCAUGCAACAGCCGCCAGUUGGAGCGGGUGGCCCGCCGCCGAUGCCGCCGCAUCCGGGAAUGCCAGGAGGUCCGCCCCAGCAGCAACAGCAGCAGCAGCAAUCUCAGCAGCAACAGGCAUCGAAUUCGGCAUCAUCGGCGAGCAACUCGCCGCAGCAGACACCGCCACCGGCACCGCCGCCUAAUCAGGGCAUCAACAACAUGGCCACGCCCCCGCCACCGCCACAAGGGGCAGCAGGAGGAGGCUACCCGAUGCCGCCGCACAUGCACGGUGGCUACAAGAUGGGCGGCCCGGGCCAGAGUCCCGGUGCCCAGGGAUAUCCGCCGCAGCAGCCACAGCAAUAUCAACCACCAGGCAACUACCCGCCACGCCCACAGUAUCCGCCUGGCGCCUACGCCACUGGACCACCGCCGCCGCCCACAAGCCAAGCAGGAGCUGGCGGCGCCAACAGCAUGCCCUCAGGCGCCCAGGCUGGCGGUUAUCCGGGUCGAGCCAUGCCAAACCACACCGGACAAUAUCCGCCGUAUCAGUGGGUGCCGCCAUCGCCGCAGCAGGCCGGACCCGGUGGCGCUCCCGGCGGUGCGAUGGUCGGCAACCAUGUGCAGGGCAAGGGCACACCGCCACCGCCGGUCGUGGGUGGACCACCGCCGCCGCAGGGCAGUGGAUCGCCACGCCCACUGAAUUAUCUGAAGCAGCAUUUACAGCACAAGGGCGGCUAUGGAGGAAGUCCAACGCCACCGCAGGGGCCACAGGGUUAUGGCAACGGGCCGACCGGAAUGCAUCCGGGCAUGCCGAUGGGACCCCCGCACCACAUGGGACCUCCGCACGGGCCCACCAACAUGGGUCCGCCCACCAGCACGCCGCCACAGUCGCAAAUGCUCCAGCCCGGCCAGCCACAGGGGCAGGGACAAGGAGCCGGCGGCGCUGGAGGACCGGAAGGCAGCGGCCCGGAGCAUAUAUCACAGGACAACGGGAUCAGCUCGUCAGGGCCGACUGGUGCCGCGGGAAUGCAUGCGGUCACUGCGGUGGUCACCACCGGACCCGAUGGCACGCCCAUGGACGAAGUCAGUCAGCAGAGCACUCUGUCAAAUGCAUCAGCGGCAUCCGGCGAAGAUCCACAGUGCACCACACCAAAGUCGCGCAAGAAUGAUCCCUAUAGCCAAAGUCACUUAGCCCCGCCGAGCACGUCGCCCCAUCCGGUUGUGAUGCACCCAGGCGCCGGUGGUCCCGGUGGCGAGGAGUACGACAUGAGUUCACCGCCCAACUGGCCACGUCCGGCUGGAAGCCCGCAGGUGUUCAACCAUGUUCCCGUGCCGCAGGAGCCAUUCCGCAGCACAAUUACCACGACCAAGAAGUCGGACUCGCUGUGCAAGCUGUACGAGAUGGAUGACAAUCCGGACCGGCGCGGCUGGCUGGACAAGCUGCGGGCGUUCAUGGAGGAACGGCGCACGCCGAUCACCGCCUGCCCAACCAUCUCAAAACAGCCACUCGAUUUAUAUAGGUUAUAUAUUUAUGUAAAAGAACGUGGCGGAUUCGUCGAGGUGACCAAGAGCAAGACCUGGAAGGACAUUGCCGGACUUCUGGGCAUCGGUGCGAGUAGCAGUGCGGCCUACACGCUGCGGAAGCACUACACCAAGAAUCUGCUGACCUUCGAGUGCCACUUUGACCGCGGUGACAUCGAUCCCCUGCCCAUAAUCCAGCAGGUGGAGGCGGGCAGCAAGAAGAAGACGGCCAAGGCUGCGUCGGUUCCUUCGCCAGGUGGUGGUCAUUUGGAUGCUGGUACUACGAACUCCACAGGAUCGUCGAACUCGCAGGACUCAUUCCCGGCUCCACCAGGAUCUGCUCCGAAUGCGGCGAUAGACGGCUACCCCGGCUAUCCGGGCGGCAGUCCGUAUCCCGGAGCCAGCGGGCCGCAGCCGGAUUAUGCGGCCGCAGGCCAGAUGCAGCGUCCGCCCUCCCAGAACAACCCGCAGACUCCUCAUCCCGGCGCAGCCGCCGCCGCUGUUGCCGCCGGCGAUAAUAUAAGCGUGAGCAAUCCCUUCGAGGAUCCCAUUGCUGCCGCUGGUCCCGGCUCUGCAGCCGGUCCUGGUCCUGGUCAGGGUCCUGGUCCUGGCCCAGGUCCAGGUCCAGGUGCUGGUCCCGUUGGUGCUGGAGCUGCUGUUACUGCUGUUGGCGGUGGCCCACAAAACCAUCCACCGCCGCCGCCACCCCAUUCACCGCACUCGUCAGCCCAACAGGCGGUUGGCCAGCAACAGCAGCAGCAGCAUCCACAGCAUCCGGGUGGUCCACCGCCGCCGGCUCAGCAGCAGCAGCAACAGCAGCAGCAGGGGCAGCAGCCACCACCGCCGGUGGGCGGGGGGCCACCACCAGCACCACAGCAACAUGGGCCUGGUCCGGUGCCGCCGCCGUCGCCUCAGCAGCAUGUGCGCCCAGCCGCCGGAGCACCUUAUCCGCCGGGUGGCUCCGGCUACCCAACGCCUGUGUCUAGAACGCCAGGCUCACCCUAUCCAUCGCAGCCGGGAGCUUAUGGGCAAUACGGCUCCAGCGAUCAGUACAACGCAACUGGGCCGCCCGGCCAGCCAUUCGGACAGGGACCAGGACAAUAUCCGCCGCAGAACCGCAACAUGUACCCUCCCUACGGGCCGGAGGGGGAAGCUCCUCCCACUGGUGCUAAUCAGUACGGACCCUACGGCAGUCGGCCCUACAGCCAGCCACCGCCGGGCGGACCGCAGCCGCCGGCGCAAACGGUUGCCGGCGGACCGCCGACCAGCGGAGCUCCAGGAGCACCGCCCAGCAGCGCCUAUCCCACGGGCAGGCCCACCCAGCAGGACUAUUAUCAACCACCACCAGAUCAAAGUCCACAGCCACGUAGACAUCCCGAUUUCAUCAAAGACUCACAACCGUAUCCAGGCUACAAUGCAAGACCUCAGAUUUAUGGUGCUUGGCAAGGCGGUAGCCAGCAGUAUCGGCCACAAUACCCCACGUCGCCUGCUCCGCAAAGCUGGGGAAGUGCUCCGCCACGCGGAGCGGCGCCUCCGCCAGGCGCACCUCACGGACCGCCACUGCAGCAGCCGGCAGGAGUGGCCCAGUGGGAUCAGCAUCGCUAUCCGCCGCAGCAAGGUCCUCCGCCGCCGCCGCAGCAACAGCAGCAGCAGCCACAACAGCAACAGCAGCAGACGCCGUACCAGCAGGUGCCCGGACCACCGGGACAACAGCCGCCCCAGGCACCGCCGCAGUGGGCGCAGAUGAACGCCGGACAGGCGACGCAGCCGGGACCACCCGGAUCGCCACUUCGUCCGCCGUCGGGACCGGGCCAACAGCAGAGGAUGCCCGGAAUGCCGCCGCAGCAGCAACAGUCGCAGCAACCGGGCGGUGUGCAGCAACCACCGCCGCAGCAGACUACCCAUGGAGGCGUUCCAUCGCCCGGAUUGCCACAAGUUGGACCCGGUGGAAUGGUGAAGCCCCCAUAUGCCAUGCCACCGCCGCCGUCGCAGGGAGUGGGUCAGCAGGUGGGCCAGGUGCCACCGAGCGGCAUGAUGGCCCAGAAGCAGCCGCCGAUGCCCGGCCAGGUGAUGCAGCAACAGCCGUUGCAGCAGCAGCCGCCGCAGCAUCAGCACCCCCAUCCUCAUCAGCAUCCGCAGCACCCGCAUCAGCACCAAAUGCCGCCGAACCAGACAGCUCCCGGCGGUGGCUACGGUCCACCGGGAAUGCCCGGUAGCGGUGCCCAACUGGUGAAGAAAGAGCUCAUCUUUCCGCACGACAGCGUGGAGUCCACCACACCGGUGUUGUACCGAAGAAAACGGCUCACCAAAGCCGAUGUUUGCCCCGUGGAUCCGUGGCGGAUAUUCAUGGCCAUGCGAUCCGGUCUGCUAACCGAAUGCACCUGGGCGCUGGACGUGCUCAAUGUGCUGCUGUUCGACGAUUCAACGGUGCAGUUCUUUGGCAUUUCGAAUCUGCCCGGCCUGCUCACUUUGCUGCUGGAGCACUUCCAGAAGAAUCUCGCCGAGAUGUUCGACGAACGGGAUGGCGAGGAGCAGUCCUCGUCCCUGGCGGAGGAUGGGGCGAACAACGACGACGACGCGGACAGCGGAACUGUGAUGUGCGAGAAGCUGCAAUCGAGCAAUCGGCAGUCGCGAUGCGUGCGCAGCAUCAGCAGCUACAACCGACGGCGGCACUACGAGAACAUGGACCGCGGUGGCAAGGGUGGCGCCAACAACGGCAGCGACUCGGAGGACGCCGACGAGGGCAUCGAUCUGGGACAGGUGCGCGUGCAGCCCAAUCCCGAGGAGCGUUCGCUGCUGCUCUCCUUCACGCCCAACUACACGAUGGUCACGCGAAAGGGUGUGCCAGUGCGCAUCCAGGCCGCCGAUCACGACAUCUUUGUGGACGAGCGCCAAAAGGCGUGGGACAUCGACACGAACCGCCUGUACGAACAGCUGGAGCCCGUGGGCAGCGACGCCUGGACGUACGGAUUCACCGAACCGGAUCCUCUGGACGGCAUCAUCGACGUAUUCAAGUCGGAGAUUGUAAACAUUCCAUUUGCACGCUACGUCCGCUCCGACAAGAAGGGAAAAACGCGGACUGGAGUGGCGACCACGGCCAGGAAGCAGCCGGAAAUAAAGCAGGAGGAGAACAGCUCGGAGGAGCAGCCGUUCAACAAGAAGCGGCGACUGGUCAGCGGUGGCAGCAGCAGCAGUGGCGCCACCGCCGAGGGCAAGAAAUCCAAGCUGUCCAGCGAGGAGUUCGCCCAGCCGAGCGUCGAGGUUAAGAAGGAACCAGGCACUGCGGACAGCGAUUGUCGUCCCAUCGACAUGGACAUCGAGGCACCUCCGCAACGGCUCACCAAUGGCGUGGCACCCUGCUCCUCCUCCUCCUCAACUCCCGCCGGCUUCGAUCCCCGGACGACGGCCAAGGAUGUGGCACAGGUGCUGCAGCGCCGGCGCGACUCCAGCUUCGAGGAUGAGUGCUACACGCGCGACGAGGCGUCGCUCCACCUGGUCAACGAAAGCCAAGACUCGUUGGCGCGGCGCUGCAUCGCCCUGUCCAACAUCUUCCGCAACCUGACCUUUGUGCCCGGCAACGAGACCGUGCUGGCCAAGUCCACCAGGUUCCUGGCGGUGCUGGGACGCCUGCUCCUGCUGAACCACGAACACCUGCGGCGCACGCCAAAGACCCGAAAUUACGACCGCGAGGAGGACACCGACUUCAGUGACUCCUGCAGUUCGCUGCAGGGAGAACGCGAAUGGUGGUGGGACUACCUGAUCACCAUACGGGAGAACAUGCUGGUCGCCAUGGCCAACAUAGCCGGUCACUUGGAGCUGUCGCGCUACGAUGAGCUCAUCGCCCGCCCGCUGAUCGAUGGACUGCUGCACUGGGCCGUCUGCCCGAGUGCCCACGGCCAGGAUCCGUUUCCCUCGUGCGGACCCAACACGGCGCUCUCGCCACAGCGCCUGGCGCUCGAGGCGCUCUGCAAGCUGUGCGUAACCGAUGCCAACGUGGACCUGGUCAUCGCCACUCCGCCGUUCUCGCGACUGGAGAAGCUCUGUGCCGUGCUCACACGGCAUCUGUGCCGCAACGAGGAUCAGGUGCUGCGCGAGUUUUCCGUGAAUCUGCUGCACUAUCUGGCUGCCGCCGAUAGCGCCAUGGCGCGCACUGUGGCGCUGCAGUCGCCGUGCAUCUCCUACCUGGUGGCCUUCAUCGAACAGGCCGAGCAGACGGCGCUGGGCGUGGCCAAUCAGCAUGGGAUCAACUACCUGCGCGAGAACCCCGACUCGAUGGGCACCAGCCUGGACAUGCUGCGGCGAGCGGCCGGCACCCUGCUCCACUUGGCCAAACAUCCGGACAACCGAUCGCUGUUCAUGCAGCAGGAGCAACGUUUGCUUGGACUGGUAAUGUCGCACAUUUUGGACCAGCAGGUGGCUUUGAUUAUCUCGCGGGUGCUCUAUCAAGUGUCGCGCGGAACAGGACCCAUACACUCGGUGGAGUUCCGGCUGCUGCAGCAGCGCCAGCAACAACAGCUGCGUCCUGGUGCGGCGGAGAAGCAAGCUCCCAGCGCUGGAGGAAGUGCGUCAGUGAAGGCGGAAUCGUCGUCGGCGGAAACGAGUUCCGCUGAGGCGAAACCUUCUGCCUCGGCGGCAUCCAACUCGACGGUGGUCAACGAUGAGAACAGCAACAGCAGCCAGCAACUGCCGCCGGCAGCGACGUUCAACGACGUGAGCAACAGCAGCACCAACAGCAACAGCUGCGGCACGGCCAGCAGCAACCAGACGAACAACAGCACCACCAACAGCAGCCACAGCAGCAGUGCGAUCAGCAGCCAAUCCACAAUGACGGCAGCCACAUCCGCAUCGGCGCCAGCGGGAGCAACAUCCGCAGCAGUAGCAGCAGCAGCAGCAGCAUCGAUGGCCAGCGAUCAGCAGCAGGUGAGCAAGGCGGCUGCAGCGGCGGCCGCUGCUGCGGCUUUGAGCAACGCCAGUGCAGCGGCAGCAGCAGCUGCGGCGGCGGCAGCGGCGGCUUCGGUGGCCCCUUCCGCCGCGUCGUCGGCCGGUGUGUCCGCCGGUGCGGCGGUGGCCCAGCCAGCUGCACCGCCGCCAACCAAUGCAGGAACAACGACAGCCGUUGCGUAGUAUACGACAAUGAUGCCAGCGUCCUACUACUGGCCACGAACCCCCCGAGGGGCAGUCGACUGAGCCGGAGUUGGAUGGCGGAACAGCGGACCCACGAGCAGAUCCCGAUGUGCCACUGCAGGAGAAGGUGAUCCCGGAAUCGUUGGAGAGGAGGAAGAGGAGGCAUGUAAAUUUACUUAAGCGAGUUACGGCGGGGGAACAGGCGGCGUCCAAGCUCCACGGCUACGUUCGAAUGGGGAAAUCAGCAGCAGAUGCAGAUGCGGAUGGAAUGACUCACCUUUCCAUCAUUGUAACAGUCAAUACAAUAACAACUGUAUAUUUUUUCACUCAACUCUAAAAAUAGUAAAUAUGAUAACUAAACCCUAAGCAUUACGCAAUUGCAGCAGCAAAAGAAUUAUGUUAGUACGAAACGAAAUCUGUAUGUUCAGGGCGAAAAACCGGAACAGAAAAAAAUUAUGCAGACCGAUCGGGCGAUGCGAUCGGGGAUUAUUAUUGAGACGAGCAUAAUGCGGAAGGAAUCGAUCAGAAGAGAGCGAAAUUUAAGCACACAGCAUACUUAUUGUAUUAAAUUUAAUAAAGAUGAAGGGACGAGAAUCGAGAAAUAACUAACACAUACAUAUGCAUACGCACGCUAUGGUUUAUCGUAUAUUAAAUAUAUAUAUAAAUAAAUGCAUAAUUUAACAUUUAAUUACAUGAGAAUGAAUUGUGUAUGUAAAAGGGAUGAAUGCAUACAUACGUACAUAUAGACAUUGAUAUAUAAAUACAUAGAGAAUAGUUUUUAAAUUCUACCACUUACUAAUACCUAAAUAUUACCACAAUGUGCAGCAUAGGAACUCAUUAACUGAUGAACAAACUGAACAGCAAAAGCGUAAAGAAUGAAUUACCGAAACCCAAAACAACACUGUAUGGGAUCCCGAAACACAAUGUAUUGCAGUUAAAUGGAUUUUAUGUGGACUAGGGCAACGCAGAAAAUUUAAGGAGGAUAGGAGAUGAUUAAAACCAUUGUACAUACUUAACUAUUAUGUAAAUUUCACUGUAUUUCUGUUUUUUUACGCAAUGUUACAAGGCACAUGAAAGUGGCAGCACUGCAUUUCGUAUUAUGUUUAUGUGUAUGUUGUGUGGAUGAUCUGCAAAAAUUCCAAUUCCUUAGUUUUAAUCGCAUAACUCGGCUGCGAAUCGAAACGAAAUUAAGCGAAACAAACAAACCGACAAUUGAAGGCAAACAAACAAAACAAUUUAAAUUAAAAUCAAAUUAGGUGAUAUAAAUAUAUAAAAAGUAUACAUAACAUAUACAUACAUACUGCAUAUAAAACAUAAAAUUGAAAAACGAUAAAAUGGAACAACCCAAUGCUGUAAUUUUUAUGUUAACUGUAUUAUUUGCUGGAAGUGCUGCUGCUUCAUUUUAUUUUAUAUCGAACUUACUUAAGGCGUAAAUGACAAGAUAAAUAAUUAGGGUUUUAUCUUAAUCUUAAUUUAAAAUAUUAAAUAAAUAAAACCAAGAAAACAAAACAGAACACAACCAUAAAAUGCUAUAAAACACAAAGCGAAGCGAAGCAAAUUGAACUAAAGCUGUAGAGAAGCACGCAAAAACGACUAAUAACACACACCCACUCCGAAUAAGCUUGGCGUUAGAGUACCAAUAAACCAUAAAAACAAAACCAAUUAUGGGUGGGUGCACCAAUUUGUAUACUAAACUUUCUCACAUAUAAUAAACGUGCUACGUAAGAGAGAUCAAACAUGAACUGUCUGUCUCUUGAUUUUAGCUCUAGCUCUAGUAAUCCUCCUGUACUCCGUACUGGGCGAUUGCUGAGAUCCAGAGGAACACAAGAGAUCGAAAAAAAUAAUAAAAAAGUGCUGCUGUUGAUACGUGUAUUCGUGUAGUUGUUCGCAAACAAAUAUUAUAACUCAGCAUCUCGAUAUAUAACGUGUAGUUAUUAGUCUAUAAUUUGCUAGGAUGUAAAUGUAUGUCCCUCAAACUUAAUUUAAUUAUUUAAUUAAUAUACAUACAUAUAUGAUAUACAA